AUGGAAUUUAGUGCUACCGUGGAUGGGGAAAUUUCUUAUAGUCCGAAAGGAUACUUCGGAGGACGUACCGGUUACAUGAUUGUUAGGGAACCUGACGUUGUGGAGUGGUCGAUGAUGAUGAACCAUUUGCGUGUUCAUGGUUAUAAAGGGGAGGCCGAUUUGUACUACCUUGAGCUUGGUUGCAUACCACCUGACGGAAUGGUCUUAAUGUCAGGCCCAGAGCAUGUAGAACAAAUGAUGCAGGCUCAUAAAGGCAAAAAGAAGUGUCAGUUGUACAUCAUCAGGAAUGGUUCACUGUCAGAUGAUUGUGAUGAUGGCAUGAAUGAAGAGGGUCAAUUCGACCAUUUUAAUUCGUGGGAGCCCAUCGAUAGAUGGGACGAAGGGCACACGCACAAACAUGGAUCAGCUCCACUAAUGGAGCAACCAGCAUCGAAAUCUCAUAAGAAGGCAUUGACUUAUAGCAGUGGCGAUGAGGACUUGGACUCAUAAU